AUGACUUACGCUGCAUAUGAUGUCGAAUAUACAGACGACGCGCCAUCAGACGGCCGACUUGCCACCAUACAUCUCGUCAUCAUACGGUCCUCCCGCCACGAUACGGCCAGCCUGCCACCAUACGGCAUCCCUCCACCAUACGGCAUCUCGCCACAAUACUGUCCUCCCGCCACCAUAUGGCCAUCCCGCUACCAUACGGCCAUCAUGCCAACAAUACGGCCAUCCCGCCACAAUACGGCAAUCCCGCCAACAAUACGACCAUCCCGCCAACAAUACGGCCAUCCCGCCAACAAUACGGCCAUCCCGCCACAAUACGGCAAUCCCGCCAACCAUAUGGCCAUCCCGCCACCAUACGACCAUCUCGCCACGAUACAGCCAUCCCGCCUACAAUACGGUCAGCCCGACAUCACACGGCCAUCCCGCCAUAUCCCGCCAACAAUACGGCCAUCCCGCCAACAAUACGGCCAUCCCGCCAACAAUACGUCAGCGGGCCACAGACGGGUCCUCUGCCCCACCCACUACCUCAGUCAGCGGGCCUCAGACGGGUCCUCUGCUCCACCCACUGCCUCAGUCAGCGGGCCUCAGACAGGUCCUCUGCCCCACCCACUGCCUCAGUCAGCGGGCCACAGACAGGUCCUCUGCCCCACCCACUGCCUCAGUCAGCGGGCCUCAGGCGGGUCCUCUGCCCCACCCACCACUGCCUCAGUCAGCGGGCCACAGACGGGUCCUCUGCCCCACCCACUACCUCAGCCAGCGGGCCUCAGACGGGUCCUCUGCCCCACCCACUACCUCAGUCAGCGGGCCACAGACGGGCCCUCUGCCCCACCCACUGCCUCAGCCAGCGAGCCUCAGGUGUGCCCUCUGCCCCACCCACUGCCUCAGUCAGCGGGCCUCAGACGGGUCCUCUAG